CAAGAUGCCAAGUGCUGAUACUCAAAGCGCAACAGUGUCAUGGGUCGAUCCACAAGACACAAAAGACAUCGACCAGUACAUUGCCAACUUGUGGGACGUCAAGGAAUUCGACAUCUACACCGAACGGGAUGUCCAGAAAAUAACAGAAAUCAUAAACUUUUACCAGGAGCAGCCUCAUGUUCUGGACCCACAUCUUCAGGGAUGGAUAGACAAGUUACUCGUUGUAGGACUAUCCGAUAAGGUGUCCCAAAUGGCCAUAAACUUGGCCUUCAAAUACUUAUAUCUGUUAACGAAAGUAAGAGGACAGAAGUAUAUAGUGAGAUUGCUUCCUCACGAAGUUGCGGAUAUUGAGUCAGUUCUGAGCCUGUUGGAAUCAGAAAAGAGUGAUAUUUGGCAUGCAAAGUAUGUGCUGUUCCUGUGGCUCAGUAUUUUGGUGCUCAUUCCGUUUGAUUUGAAGAGGCUGGAUGGAGAGAGGGAGGAAGGAUGGAGUAUUAGGCGUAUGCUGAAAAUUGCCACCGAUCGUAUUGAAGGAGCGGACAAGUCGAGCGAAGCAGCAGCGCUGGUAGUUGCUAAAUUGGUGACCAGACCCGACCUCCAUACUCAACAUCUGAAGCCAACGAUAAUUCAGCUCAUUACUGACUGCAAGGCUGCUGAAAAUGAUGCCGUUUUUGGUUCAAAAACAAAGCUGGGAACGCUGACUGCCUUGUGUCGGAUAUACAAGUUGGGCAGGAGAGACUAUAUACUUCCCCACUCACAAUACGUGCUGCAACAACUGGAGAGUUUGUCUCUGGGACUCAACCAGAACACCCUGCUGAGGAAGUUUGAGACUAAACUUGCCCAACGGAUUGGCAUCUCCUUCUUAGCCCCGCGAGUUGCUAAGUGGCGUUAUACUCGCGGUACCCGACUCUUAGCUGACUCUCUUGGCAAGGGCAGUGAUGAGAAAGAGAAAGAGAAAGAGAAAGAGAUUCAAAAGAAAGUUGAGGAUGUUAAAGAUCCUGAGAAUGAGGACGAGGACGAGGAGGGGUAUGAGAUUCCUGAUGAGAUCGAAGAAGUUCUGGAGCUGACUCUCUUGGCAAGGGCCCGUGAUGAGAAAGAGAAAGAGAAAGAGAAAGAGAUUCAAAAGAAAGUUGAGGAUGUUAAAGAUCCUGAGAAUGAGGACGAGGACGAGGAGGGGUAUGAGAUUCCUGAUGAGAUCGAAGAAGUUCUGGAGGUUCUUUUCAGAGGACUCCGAGAUCCGGAGACUAUAGUCAGAUGGUCUGCAGCAAAGGGAGUAGGACGGAUCACUGCCAGACUGCCUCGUUCCUUAGCUACAGACAUUGUUAACCAGCUUUUAGACUGUUUCUCCCCGCUGGAAACUGCCUCUUCUUGGCAUGGAGGUUGUUUGGCACUAGCAGAGUUAGGUAGACACGGAUUCCUCUUACCUGACCAUUUGCCAGAAGUUGUUCCUAUCUUGGUCAAAGCUCUUCAGUAUGAUGAAAAACGCGGCAAUCUUAUCAUUGGGGCCAAUGUCCGUGAUGCAGCCUGCUACCUCUGUUGGUCCUUUGCUCGGACCUACGAGCCUGCCCAGAUUGCACCUUUCGUCCACACUAUAGCCAGCUCCCUUAUCCUCGCUACACUGUUCGACAGGCACUGUGGUUGUCGUCGUGCAGCGUCCGCUGCAUUCCAGGAAAACGUUGGACGACAAGGUUCAUUUCCACAUGGUAUUGAUCUCGUGACCACAUGUGACUACUACGCAGUGGCAUUGCAGUCCAAUACUUACCAGAAACUGUCAGUCAAAGUAGCGUCCUUUGAACCCUAUAGUAAACCUGUUAUUGACCAUUUGGCGGAGGUUAAAGUUCGGCAUUGGUGCCCGACUAUAAGAAAAGACGCAAGUGUCGCAUUAGGUCUCCUCUGUUCCAUUCUCCCGGACUACAUCUACUCCAACGUCCUCCCCCUUCUCCUUGAGUCCUUAGAAACAGGAGACUUCAACUGUCGGCACGGUGCCCUUCACGCCAUCGGGGACAUCUGUGUUGGACUCAAAAACCGAGAUCACAUAUCAGUAGAUCUAGUAGAUAAGAUAAACAACACACUGACUGUGUUGGACACUAGAGGGUCGUUCAGGGGAUCUGGGGGGGAUGAAAUGCGGGGAGCAGUGUGCUACUUUAUCGAGAAAAUAUCUAACGCUGGAGUCGCGCUGACCGGCAAGACAAUAAAAGCAUGGCAGGAAUUUUUAGAUGUGUGCAUUGUGAACCCAGAACAGUUUGUUGGUGUACAAGCCAUGUCAGUUGGGGCUCUCCGUGGUUUCUCCUACCAGUACUACACUGAGUCUAACCCGGAAGUGUGGUCUGGAAUAGUAGAACACUAUACCAGCCACAUCCGGCACGAGUUCACCGCGACGCGGGUUGGCUCAGCGCUGGCUUUGAGUGUCCUCCCGGGGUGUGUGUUGAACCAGGACACCAUGGUUCUUCUUAACCUCCUCCCUCCGUGCACCAAGGUGCAGAGCAAAUCAGAGACAAGUUUAGCAGAAUGCAGGGUUAGCGCAGUAAAAGCAAUAACUAAUGUUCAGUUGGUGUGUCAGUGCAACUCGGAGACGCGCGCGCGGAUCUAUGCAGUGUUGUUGGAAUGUUUAGAAGAUUACAGUACUGACAGUAGAGGUGAUAUCGGGAGCUACGUUAGGGAGGCGGCUAUGACGUGCUUAAUGAAGUGUAACCAAUUCAUCUUGUCUAAAGGACAUCCCACAAUUAAUCUGACAUUUACACGUGACCUGAAGCUGGAGCUAGUGCGCGGCUUCCUGCAGCAGAGUGUUGAGAAGAUAGACAGGACCCGGCAGGUAGCUAUGGAGGCACUUCAUCAUCUUGUACACAGUGAGCUGGAGUUGACUGAACACGAUACUCUCCGUGCUGCUGUACCCCUGCUACCGACCCUGUCCUCCUCAGUGAUUCUACCUAAAACUGAGAAGGAAAAAGAAGCUGUAGCAAUGCACGAAGGCGAGGUGUUCCUUCAAAAUGUGGAGUAUAACAACCCUAACGUGCUCUUCCCCCGCUCAAUGGCUCUGCUAACCUCUCCCAACUACAUCAUCAGCUUCCUCCGUGGACUCGUCGUCAGCAUUGGAGGUCUAACAGAGUCCCUGGUGAAAGCGUCGUCCUCAGCUUUUGUAGACUACCUGACGGAGCAUGAGCAGGACUUGCAGAGUGUUUGUGAUGGUCUCAUUAGAGUCUUGGUGUCUGAUUAUAAAAAUGAUCGUGUCGUGGUCCCCCUUUUCAAAACGGCGGAGUUAAUGCUGACGAAUGUGAUCCUUGAUGAUGAGAUGGGAAAUGGUUUUGUCGCCAAGUUUGUCCACCAAAUAAAGUUAGAACUGAAAGGGUGUGGCAGCGUGGGAAAGUUGCUCGCGACUCUGAGCCCUCUGGCUAAUUGCCUCCAGUUUACUGAUAACUCGUGUGUUCUCAGUCAGAUCAUGCUCCUGCUUUGUCAUAGGUACCCGCGAGUAAGAAAGGGGAUGGCGGAUGCGUUCUACACUGCACUGGUAACAUUUGAUGAUGUCAUAUCAAAUACGGAAGAAAUUUCCCAGAUUCUCGAAGAAACCGUUUGGGAAGAUCCAAACGAUAUAGACGAGUUAAGAGCUAAACGGAACAAGAUUUGCGAUCUGGUUGGAGUGUCCCAGCCCAAACUUCUGAAAUCUAGCAAACCAAAGCCUAAAGCUUCGACCGUCGAGCAGUUCGAUAGUUACAGUGAUUUGGUGGGAAGGGCUGGAUAUUGAGCUUGUUUAAACGAUUUACCUUUAGGAUAAUUAAACUAAUUUACUAAUUAAUCAAUUGGUAACUCACUGUGAAGUGUGUAAGAUGUCUUGUACAUAGUUUCGUAAUUCUUUUGAAAUUCUUUGGUUGCACUCGCUGGCAAGGUUCUUCCAAAUUUUAAUUUUGUGACCAACAAUCCAUAUUAUCAGUGAUACCAAAUCAUUUAGUUAUCGGAAUUAUUUUCGGGUGAACAUAGUAAUUUAAUGUUGAUAUAUUACUGUCAUAUUAUUAUUAUCAUAGUAUUUACAUAAUUUAAGUAACAUCUUUGAUUUUUCAAGGUCUGAGAAGAAAUGAGAAAAAAAAUUUUUUUAUUUGAUUAUUAAUGUUAAAUUUGUAUGUGUUUAAAUAAGUAUAUUAUUAUUGUAGUGUUUUCUAUUCGUUACUUUGUUGUUAAUAUUAUUUUUAGUCAAAAGAACAAGGAUUUUCAUAUAAAUAUGUACAGUUUGAAAUCGUAA